ACACAUACAGAGAGAGAGAGAGAGAGAGAGAGAGAGAGAGAGAGAGAGAGAGAGAGAGAGAGAGAGAGAGAGAGAGAGAGAGAGAGAGCGAUGGCAAUUCCUGCUAAUGCUGCUGCCUCGUUGAGCUUCCCGGUGAUCAACAUGGAGAAGCUUGAGACCGAGGAGAGGGGCGCCGCCAUGGGGCUCAUCGGCGACGCCUGCGAGAACUGGGGCUUCUUCGAGCUGCUGAACCAUGGCAUCUCGCACGAGCUGAUGAACGAGGUGGAGCGGGUGAGCAAGGCGCACUACACGGCGUGCCGAGAGGACAAGUUCAAGGAGUUCGCGGCGAAGACGCUGGAGGCCGGCGAGAAGGGCGCCGACGUGAAGGACGUGGACUGGGAGAGCACCUUCUUCGUCCGCCACCUCCCCGCCUCCAACCUCGCCGACCUGCCCGACCUCGACCACCACUACAGGCAAGUGAUGAAGGAAUUCGCGGCGGAGAUCGAGAAGCUGGCGGAGAAGGUGCUGGACCUGCUGUGCGAGAACCUGGGCCUGGAGCAGGGCUACCUGAAGCGGGCCUUUGCCGGGUCCAAGGGCCCGACGUUCGGCACCAAGGUGAGCAGCUACCCGCCGUGCCCGCGCCCCGACCUGGUCGCCGGCCUCCGCGCGCACACCGACGCCGGCGGCGUCAUCCUGCUGUUCCAGGACGACCGGGUGAGCGGGCUCCAGCUCCUCAAGGAUGGAGCAUGGGUGGACGUGCCGCCCAUGCGCCACGCCAUCGUCGUCAACAUCGGCGACCAGCUGGAGGUGAUCACCAACGGGCGGUACAAGAGCGUGAUGCACCGCGUGCUCACCCGCCCCGACGGCAACCGCAUGUCCCUCGCCUCCUUCUACAACCCCGGCGCGGACGCCGUCAUCUUCCCUGCCCCGGCGCUCCUCGAGGAGCUGUCGGAGGAGGAGGCGGAGCGCGCCGGGAGCGCCGUGUACCCGAGGUUCGUGUUCGAGGACUACAUGAACCUGUACUUGCGCCACAAGUUCGAGGCCAAGGAGCCGCGCUUCGAGGCCAUGAAGGCGGACGCCGCGCCCAUCGCCACUGCGUGACUAGUGGACUGCGCGCGCAUAAGUUCAUGUGCUCGUACGUGCCAGUACUCAGACAAAAGUAUUUUCAGACUUGUGUUGUGGUGUGUACUGUAAGAUAUUAUGCGUGUAAUGUUGUCACUGGUAUUUUUCUUAUUUGCUUUUCUAAAGGGUACUAUGUUUCAGUUCA